AUGAGUGAACAACAAUCGGUUCCCGUAUAUACAAAUGCUUAUGUGACGUGUUAUGAUAAUUAUUUAGUAAUACAUGAUUAUUAUUUUCCAUUUGGUAAUAAAAAAAUAAUAAAAUAUGCUGAUAUUGACAAAUGUGAAUUAGGUUCUAUAAAAGAAUUAGGUUUUUUUAAAAUAAAAUCAUGGGGUAUGGCAUUGUCACCAAUAUGGUGGCCGGCUGAUUUGUAUCGACAUACAAGUCGAGAGAAAUAUAUUUUAUUAGAUACUCAACAAUGGCCUAAAAUUGGUUUAACAAUGAAUGAUAAUGAAAUUGAUCAAAUAUAUUAUUUUAUAUUAUCAAAAACAUCAACAAAACACCAUAGUAAUGAACCAACAACAUUUGAUGAUACUGAAGUUAAUUUAAAAAAACAUUUUUAA